AUGAAGUCUCUCACGCUCUCCGCGAUGCUGCUGGCGCCAGCGGCCCACCACGUCAUGAGCGCCUUCGCCGACGACUGCACCGCCCUCACCACAACGCUCAAGCUGCCAAACACCACGGUCUGGUUCUCCACCCCCGUCUCUGCCGGCACCAACAUUACUUUCCCUGGGAACCACCCGACUUGCGCGCGCUACGGCCAGGUUGUCGAUGUCGACAUUUGCCGCGUGGUGAUGCUGACAACCACUGGCCCUAAGAGCAACAUCUCUCUCGAGACCUGGCUUCCGUCGAACUGGACUGGGCGUUUCCUGAGUACCGGCAACGGAGGAACCGGCGGUUGCAUUCAGUAUGAAGACAUCGCUUACGCCGUCUCACGUGGAUUUGCCGCCGUCGGUGCGAACAACGGACACAAUGGCACUGUCGGAGCACCAUUCCUCAACAACCCAGGUACCAUUGAGGACUUUGCCUACCGUUCCCUGCACACUGGUGUUGUCAUCGGAAAGGAGACGACAAAGGCCUUUUACGGCAAGGCACAUACCAAGUCUUACUACCUCGGUUGCUCGACUGGCGGCAGACAAGGCUUCAAGGAAGCCCAAGACUAUCCCGACGACUUUGACGGCAUUGUCGCCGGUGCUCCCGCUCUCGCCUUCACCAACCUGACUUCUUGGAGCGGCCACUUUUUCACCACCACUGGCACCUCUGAGAAGCCGACGUACCUGUCAGCGGAUCUCUGGAAAGUUGUUUACAAGGACCUUCUGGCCCAAUGCGACGGUCUCGACGGUCAGGUCGACGGCAUCAUCGAGGAUCCGGAUCUGUGCCAGUACCGUCCCGAGUCCAUCAUCUGCGGUGCCAACCAGACCGAGAACUGCUUGACCGGAACGCAGGCCCAGACGGUCCGCACCGUGUUCAGCGACCUCUACGGUCAAGACGGAGCCCUGGUCUACCCCCGUCUCCAGCCAGGCGCCCAGGCUGGCCUCCUGUUCAACGGCCGACCAUUCUCGUACACGACAGACUGGUUUGCGAAUGUCGUAUACAACGACACCAACUGGGACCCGUCCACCCUCGGCCCGAAGGACUAUUCUGCCGCUGCUGCUCAAAACCCCGGUAACAUCAUGACCUGGAAGGGCGACCUUUCGGGCGUGAAGAACCGUGGCACCAAGAUCCUGCACUACCACGGCCUCCAAGACCCCAUCAUCAGCAGUGACAACUCUGCCCGUUACUACAACCACGUCUCGAGAACCAUGGGCCUUACCUCUGACCAGCUGGAUGAGUUCUACCGGUACUUCCGCAUUUCCGGCAUGAACCACUGCGAAGGCGGCCCUGGUGCCAGCUUCAUCGGCAACAAGCAGGAAACCGUUGCUGGCUAUGAGCCCGAACGCAACGUUCUCUCUGCUAUUAUCGAGUGGGUUGAGAAUGGUGUCGCUCCGGAGUCGAUUCUCGGAACUGCAUUUGUCAAUGGUACGCAAGGUGGUGAGGUUUCUUUCACGAGGAAGCACUGCAAGUACCCUACACGCAACAUGUACAAGUCUGGAGACCCCAACUCCCCAGAUAGCUGGACCUGUGUACCCCAGAAGGUGCAGCAAGGCGCUAUUUCCUCCAAGGGCGGAGUAGAGAAGAUUUCUGCUGCUGACGGAGAGCAACUAAUCAAGGAUUACAAGGCUAUCAUUUCGACAUAA